AUGUAUUCGGUUAGGUUUGGUGCUGCAAAGAAAUCCAACAAUUUUACAACUCAACCAAACUAUUUAACUAAAAAAGGUGAUAAUUGUAGAAUAUCCUUAUUUGAUGCAGAUCAUUAUAUCAAAAUGUUUUCUCGUUUCGUUGUUAGAUCUACUCGUUUUGUUAAGACUGCUCAAUCUAAUGGCAGUCAAGUAGCCGUUGCUUCUUAUUCAACUGGUGCCAAGAAGACCACUCCACCACCACCACAACAAAAUAAGACUGCUGCUGCUGCUGCUGCUCCAGCUGCCGCUGCUCCAAAGGUCACUGAGGAAUUUGAUUCCCAAUUAGAGUCAUUGGACUGGGAUGCUGAUCUCACUGCCGAGGAAAUCAAGUCCUUCCACGAAGAAAGACAAGGUGCCAAGAAGAAUUACAAGCAAGCAAUGGAACAAUUAUUCCAAAACGCUGACAAGACAUCAACCAUCAGCUCACCAAAAUUCGAAGUCAAGCCAGCUCUCAUCAUCACCACCCCAGCCGGUAAGAUUGCCCAUGCUCUCUUUAGCACUGCCUCACAAGCCCGUAGUCUUGGUAUCGUCCAAAAGGAUGUUGAACUUUUGCUCACCUCCUUUAGCACCAUCCCAUCAUUCAAGAGCAUCAUCGAAAGUGACGUCGAUGCCUCUGAGAAGCAAACCCUCCUCGAUCUCUUUAGUUCUGCCAUCAAGGUCACCCCAAUCUCAGAGUUCUUCCUCUACUACAUGACCAAUGAAAAGUUGUUCAACCUCAUCGUCCCAGCCCUCAAGGACUUUAUUCGUUUAUACAACUCUUUAUCAUCUGAAAUGAUCAUUAGAUUGACUGUUGCUCAUAACUACAAUGAAAAGGAAAAGCAAACUCUUCAACAACAAGUUGCUGCCUAUUUCUCACCAGAUUCAACUCUCAAGUUUAUUUAUACUGUUGAUGAAUCGAUCAAGGGUGGUUACAAGAUUGAAUCGCCAUUCCUUAAUCACGAUGCCAGUUUGUUUGCUGCCACUGAUAAGGCUCAAAAGGAAGAAAGAGUUGUCAUGUCUGGUUUCUUUAACGAAUUAAAGGGUGCUGUCACCUCUGAUAAGGCUGUCUGGGAAUCAAAGGAGUUCCAAGAAAAAUACUUAUCAUUUGACGCAAAGGCCUACGAAGAAUCCAUUGAAAAGAAUUAA